AUGAUGACAAAAGAUCGACUUUUGCCAAAGUUUCGUGCUCUAAAUCCAUCUGAUCCUUGUGUGGCAAUAAAUCUCAUCGUGAUUGGGAUCCAGGGAUCAGGAAAGUCGUCACUUGUAAACACAUUAUUAACAGUUUUGAGAGACAGUGGUCAGCUAUCUACCAUAGCAGCAACAUAUGAUAUUAAUUCUAUAUCUAUAAACAACAGGCUCCACGAAGUAACGCUGAUGACCUUUCAGGGCGAUAAAAAAUUACGGAUCUAUGAUUGCCGAGGGUUUGAUUUAAAUGAAGAAAAUCAACAGCAUUAUGAAAACGAUAUAAUAAAUACAAUAGAUGGCCACAUAAAGAAGGAUUAUGAGUUUCAACAAAAUGCUGAUAUUCAGAUAGAUAGCCCGCAUUAUAGGCAAGAUCCCACCAUAUCUGACAGAAUACAUUGUGUCUUAUUCGUCAUGAAGGCAGACCUGAUCCGAGAGGAAAACAACAAUUUUUUAAAGAGGGUUCGAAGCCAUAUUGCUGAUAAGAAGAUUCCUCUUCGAUUGGUUUUAACAAGCGUUGACAAAUUGGAUUUGUGUGGAUCCGGCGAUUUAAGCGGCAUUUUUCUGAGUAGACAUGUGAAUAUCAAAGUAGACCUAGCGAAACAGACAUUCGGAUUAAACGAUUGUCAAAUCCUGCCAGUCGUUAAUUACGUCAAAGGAAACACACAAAAUAUCACUCAAGACGUACUGGCACUCACGGCAAUAGAUAGCAUCCUCGAGGAAGCUUUGUCCUAUAUCAGCGAACAGGUUUAA